AUGGACAACACCGACGCCAACGACACUCUCGACGAGCCGCUAGUCCCGCCAGUACUCGAUGAAGCAGAGCUGAUCGGCAAUGCGAGCACCGACUUCCCUAUAAUAGAGGCGGAGCCCGAGGAAGAGCUCGACCUGCCCCUCGACACCGCCCAGCAGCAGCAGCUACUCUUGGUUGACGGCGGCGAUGGGCGUCCUGCAGCGGGUCCGCCGCUCACACUGCCCGGCCGCCCUGGCUUGCAACGAGGCAACUCGGUGCCUACUCCUGCGCCGCUGCACCUCCCUCCUCCCGCCCCGCCAGCACCGCCAGGCCCGCCUCCAGACACGCUCGCGCAGCUGCAGAACCUCGUGCAAGGGCUGCCCAAAGCCGAGCCGGCACCUUAUGCCUUCACAUACGACGAUGCAUCUUGCUUUGCAGAAGAGCUGGAGGAGUGGUUUUCCUACGCUGUGGAGGAGCAGGCCAUGCUGCUGAAGGCUCAAGCGUCCUUUGCUCUGGAGUGGAGCACGUUCAACGGCCUGAAUGACACUUCAUAUGAGGAGCACGGCCUGGACUGGACGCGCGCAGCCGCAUCGCAGCACAAGGAGUUUGUCGAGCAUCUUCUGCGGGAGAUUACACAGACAGACCCGACCUUGCGGCUGAAGCGCCUUGAGGCACUCGUAUACGUUCUCCUUGGCUGCUGGCACGAGACCGCGGGCCUUGGUGCUGGUGCGCCAGACACUGACGAUGGGACGGCUUCGGGGCGCACCUCGCGUGCCGGGCAUGUGCGCAACGCCAUGUACGAACACGCAGGCCAACAGACGGCUGUCAUCAAGCGCAACGUGCACCUACUCGUCCAAAGUGGCGGUCUGCAGGCUGUGGUCGAUGUGUUGCAGGCCUCCUUGUUACGCACCUGUGGUGUCGACGUUGCCCUGGAAGCACCCCGGGAGGGCAAAGAAGCAGAGCGCCGCGAAGUCUGGUGCGCCAUGACCGCCGUCUAUGUUGUACUAGAAGUCGCUCGUGUUGAAGAGAAGGAGAAUGACAAUCUCAGUCUUCGAAGCGCGAUACUUGACCUCAAGAAGCCAGGACUCCUCAUGCUUCUUGCCGAUCUAAUCUCCAAGUUGCGCUGGGACGAGACGAUCAGUCUGCCUCUCAGCAAAAUCUCCCUGUUAUUGUGGAAGACGAUGCUAGUCUCCUUUGGCGGUCUUGCACGAGUUGAUGAGGCCAAGGAAUCGUUCAGAGACACAACUCUAGAGUCGGAGGACUCGAAAGGGCAGCCCCUCAUUACCGCGUCCCCGCUCGACUACCACCUCUUUCGUCAAGAAAUCAGCUCCAAAUAUCCAGCAUAUAACCCUCCGCCACCACUCUUCCCACUCGAACCCGAAAACAACUCUAUUCUGCCACCGUUGAAGAACCACCCGAGCAAGGUAGCCGGUAAUCAUGUCUUUGGGUCUGGCCUUGGAGACGCCCAUGGUAACAACACGUCUAUCCUGCAUCAGCCCGUUCAUAUCGCAACGCCUGCUCCCUCGCCUCCUCCGUCCCCAGCAGGACCUGGUGGUAAAGGUGGUAAGAAACAAAACUACCAGACGAACCAGAUGUUCCCCUUCUUGUACCCUCCCCUUGACGAGUCUAGCAACAAGCUUGGUGGCAAAGGAUCGACAGACCUCCAAGAUCUGCUAGUUGGCCGCAGAUGGGAGGGAGCGGACAUUCCAUCAUCUAUACUCGAGGCCGCCGAGCUUUUUGCCAAACGCAUGAAGGCCACGCGCGCUAUGAAGCAGCUUUGGGAAGAGCGUGUAGCCUUCAUGAAAUACGAGCGAGGCUGGACAGGUCUAGAUGACAGCCUCGACAUCACAGAACUUUCUCUUGAGCCAAAGGAAGACGAACCAACGCAAGCGCCACCUCCUGGAAGCGUCGAAGAGAGGAUGGGCCUUGUUGAAGACUUCUACUCUCUGAUCAUAGUCCUGAUCAAAGCAAUUUUGGCCCAUGUAACUGCACUCGUCACUCAGUCCAGUGGCGCAAAUGGCCUCCAGAGCGGGUUCCAAUUUCAAGAUGGUACAACAGGCGGGCGACCGGACACGAAUGGUGUCAACGGCCACAACGGUGCUGUGGCGACCAACGAGGAACUUGAUGCGAUGCGCACGCAGGAAGUCUUGGACAAAGCUGUUACUGGCUCACUCAUUCUCAUCCUGAAGUGGUUCAAAGUGUCUCAUGUCCUGAAAUUUGAGUACAUAACACAAUUGCUCGUAGACUCUAGCUAUGUACCUCUGAUCUUGAAGCUUUUGCAGCUACAAGAGAUUGAGAAAAUUGUCAACUUUAAGAGUGAGCAAGAGGAACUAAAAAAUGCUCCAGAAGAGAACAAUGAUGCGAACCAACCACAUGAGAACCACGAAGGUGACUCCGACUCCGACGAUGCUGCACCACCACCGAUCCGUCUCACAAGACAAGAAUCAAACGACUCGGGAGUCGGCCCACCACAGGCUCCUGUAGCCACGCAACCGCCAGAGGUUGAUGAGCUCGGAUUUCCGACUAACGAGCUUCCCAAGGAGCCCAUAACAAGUUUCUCGUGGCGCGCAUUCUUCACCUCGAUCAACUAUCUUCGCAUCAUGCAGAAAAUCUGCAAGGAUAAGGCACAUCGCAAUCUCAUGCUUGUUUCGUACAAGUCAUCGCAGUUCUUGCGGAAGAGCUUGAAGGUGCCGCAACCCGAGUUACGACUGUACACACUGAAGUUGUUCAAAAAUCAAGUGCCGUACUGCGGUAGGAAGUGGCGGCAAUCGAAUAUGCGAGUCAUUACAGCUGUGUAUCUGCACUGCAGGCCUGAGCUUCGAGACGAUUGGCUAGCCGGGAGCGACGUCGAUGCCGAAGUUGACGAGAGCGUGCCGCUCGAGCAAGCCUUGCGCUCACUAACACAUUGGCACAACUUGAAGCGCUACCCCGAAAGCCUCGGAGCCAAACCCGGCGUUCUUGAAGAAGAACAAGACUUUUUCCGCAACGAGCUCGAGAAGAUGGACUGGGGCGAGGAAGUCGCGAAUGAGGGUGACAUGGAGCAAUCAUGGCCGGAGCUUCAGGUCGAGGGUUGGUGA